AUGGCAUAUUUUGAUGCAUUUGAAUUAACAUUCAUUAUCAUAUUUGAAAAAAUUGUUUUUCAGAUAAUCGCCUUUGAUGAACUUCGGACAGACUUCAAAAGCCCAAUAGAUCAGUGCAACCCAGUCCAUGCUAGAGAGCGACUGAGAAAUAUUGAGCGUAUUUGCUUUCUCCUGCGAAAGCUGGUGUUGCCGGAGUACUCUAUCCAUUGUCUUUUCUGCAUCAUGUUUCUGUGUGCUCAGGAGUGGCUCACGCUGGGUUUAAAUGUUCCUUUGCUUUUUUAUCACUUCUGGAGGUAUUUCCGUUGCCCAGCAGAUAGUUCAGAACUAGCAUAUGACCCACCUGCUGUCAUGAAUGCAGAUACCUUGAGUUACUGUCAAAAAGAGGCCUGGUGUAAGCUAGCUUUCUAUCUUCUUUCCUUCUUCUACUAUCUGUACUGCAUGAUCUACACUUUGGUGAGCUCUUAA